UGUCGGGUUUACGGUCCAAGGAAGGAGUACGCCGACUCACCCGAAUCCAGUCGAGCCGAGGGAUCGUAGAGCGUCGGGCGCGAGGACGCCAGGCAGCAGUUCGGAAGGCAUCUUUGUAUCUUGUUGUUUGGAACCGCGAGCUAGCUUCGUCCUCCCUCUAACCGAGGGUGAGAUCGAUUUUUAGUUUCUACCUAUACCGCCGCGGAAUAUGGCUCAGCAUGGACACCAUGUAGCCAGUUCCCAGAAAGCGCUCAUGCUAGAGAUGAAAAGUCUCCAAGAUGAGCCGGUGGAAGGCUUCAAGAUAACUUUAGUGGACGAGUCGGACAUGUACAACUGGGAGGUAGCGAUAUUCGGACCCCCGAACACGCACUACGAAGGGGGCUAUUUUAAGGCUCGGAUCAAAUUCCCCAUCGACUACCCUUACUCACCACCUGCCUUUCGCUUCCUCACCAAAAUGUGGCACCCUAAUAUCUAUGAGAACGGGGAUGUGUGCAUCUCCAUCCUGCAUCCUCCAGUGGAUGACCCACAGAGCGGAGAGCUGCCAUCAGAGAGAUGGAACCCCACACAGAACGUCAGGACCAUCCUGCUGAGUGUGAUCUCUCUGCUCAAUGAGCCCAACACCUUCUCCCCGGCCAAUGUGGACGCCUCUGUCAUGUACCGCAAGUGGAGAGACAGCAAGGGCAAGGACAGAGAGUACGCCGAGAUCAUCAGGAAACAGGUGCUGGCCACCAAAGCCGACGCAGAGAGGGAUGGCGUCAAGGUCCCGACCACACUGGCUGAGUACUGUGUGCGCACUUGUGCGCCACCCACCGACGACGGCUCCAACCUCUUCUACGACGAUUACUAUGACGACGAGGAUCUGGAGGAGGCCAAUGACAAGGACAACGACGACGAGGACUGCUGCUAUGACGACGAUGACUCGGGCACCGAGGACUCCUGACCUCACCUCCCUGCGACACGCCGCCCCUGCGCCCCCUCCAACGGCCCUUUUCUCCUCUUGCUCCUCCUCCCUCUGCCUGGAACUGAACUUUAUUCCCCCACCCCUUUCCCAAAUCCCCCACCACCACCCGUGUCCUCACUUAGCACAGCCCCCCCCCUCCCCAUCACAUGUGCAGCCAUGACCUUCUGAUCUGCACACUAAAACUUCAUUUAAAGCUGCAUUUAGGAAAAGCAAGCUACAGAGUCGCUGUUUUCAUUUUGUUCUUUUGUGUUUUUGGUGUUUACCUGUCUUCUUUUUCUUCUUUGUUCAGUGAGUAGAGGUUACACGCGAUCCCCGUCCUGCACACGGUGGUUUUUAAACAAACAUGAAUGGGUUUUCUUGUCUGAGGCCCCCCUCCCCCCUCGCUUUUAUUUCCACUUGUCUGCACCAAUGUUGAAGAAUUGGAUCAGAUUCCCUGAAAGCGUUAAUAAGCCUUAAGGCCGUCUUUCACCCACUCGCAGUUAAGCAAAGAUUUUCUGGGGAACAACCCCGUUCCAAAAUAGUGGUUGAAGCCCCCCUUUUUUUUUCUUUUUUUGGGUUACCCCACCUUGGAUGAAUAGGUCAUUAUAAAACAAUGAGAGAGGAAAAGAAUCUUAUUUAGAAGAGCGGGGGGGGGGGAUUUUGUGUAUGUGUGCACAUUUGAAUGCUGAGUCACUUUUAUGAACACAUCCACCACUUGGCUCCGUGUGCACGUGGGUGUGUGCAUGGGUGUGUGUUUGUUUGAGAACUCUGGCUUGCAGGCCAUUUGAAGCCCUGCCACGCUGCACCUCUGAGCUUCGAGCCCUGUGGCUGGCGCUCCGAACCAGGACAUGUUCCAUUUCAAAACACGUUGUUCACUCCCGACACGUCUCGCCCCAUUCCCUUUCACAGUCCCUCGUUGGAUAGACCAGCGGAGUCCACAGCAAGGCCCCUUACCUGCAAACCACAUGUCUGCCAGCCGGUAGAGAUACCAAACACCACCACCUCCGCUUACUGAAGGAGGAAUUCAAGGCAACAGAGAGUCAGGCGGGGGCUUACUUUUACAUUCCUCAUCAUUACCUUCAUCCUCACCAUUGCGACCUUGUCGCUGGUCACCCUGUCUGAUCCAUAAAGUUGUGAUGUGACGGGCCGGAGGUAAGGUUCAAACAUCGAAAUUGGCGAACGCUGCAAGUUUUUUAUAGGCACAGCCCACCAAAUGCGUGUCUCACUCUUAUCAAAACCGCCAAGACAGCCUUGAAUAUGCAAGCAGACACUAGCAGUAACCUGCACGCAAACGGAAACGUAUCGAGGCGAGGCAACUGCGGACGCCAUGCGGUGUGCUGUAUCUGAGACCUGCGCAGUCAGCACUCGCAAACCCAUUUAAUAUGCAAGGCUUGGAAAGCUUGGGUAAUCCUGAGCCCUGAGCCUUUUCCAGUGGCUCAGAUAACAAGGGCCAGCCAAGCCAGCUCUCUCAAGUCCAACGUGGUACCCAGUGAAUUUUGAGAGUGGUGGACUCGAACAGUAUUCCUGGGUAGACAUGGACUGGGCAGGCCUGGUCUGUGUUGUAUCAGACUGGGUACUUAUUUAGGGAGGGUGUGUGUGUGUGAGAGAGAGAGAGAGAGAGAUCUUACUAUACGAAUCAGAAGACGCCCUCUGAUGGUUGCUUUGUGCACAGGUAGUUAACACCCCCCCCCCCAGUCCCUUGCUUGGGUGGCGGCCAUCUUGUGUAACCUGUGAACACUCAUCUGUUGCAUCAUAUGAGCUCAGAUAACUGUUUAAAUAAUUGAGAAGACUUGCGUGCAACCUGAUGAAAAGAACCGGAUCAGUUUUUUGAUAGGGUGUCACGGUCAGGAUAAUGUCAGGACCCCCAGGAAACACCCCCUUCCUCAAUACCCAUAACUCCUGGCAGCAGCGCUGAGAAGUACUCUCACCACCGCUCAGUUCUACACAGUUACCGUGAGUCACGACCGCUCAGCGGUAUUUUCAAACAAAGUUCUCGACGUUUCCUUAACUCUUCUUCAGUCGUGUGCAUGUGAGUCUUCACAGUUGAUGAAAACACAUUGCCUUUUUUUUUUACUGAAUGAAGUAGAAGGAUUUGUGAAAUAGGGUUGAUCGUUGACCCUUAAGCAUGGACAGGAGACUGCAGUCCAUUACUAGCUUGCCAAUAAUGGCGUCUGCUUGGUUUCGAUCUGGUGUCGGGGUUGGAAAUUGUUCCAGCGGACACUAAUCAUCCGACGUUAUCUCUCCUGCUGUGCUAUGACUGGUAUGAGGGCUCUAACCUCCUCAUUUCUGCAUUCUUUUAGUUCUGGUGUAACCUCUUUAUUCACAGGUUGAGGUGUGAGCGUCCUAGCCCUGUAUCAGCGCUCCGGUUCUUGACUCAGUUUUUGUUAAGCCUCGAGAGCAGGGAACAUUUGCAGAAGAACGAGCGCACCAGCUGAUGAUCUCAAAAGAAAAGGAUGAAGAUUGUGUCGCUCCAGCACAGCACACAGUGCGACUCUGCCAGCCGUUUUUACUCGGUCUUGAAUGUCCAUCCAUGAUCCGUUGUGACCAGUUCACCUGUUCUCCAUCAGGUUGUCCACCUGUAUGACUUUUUGCCUUCUGAAUUGGUGUUUCGGUGAAUGGGAUUCAGUUUUUGUCAAGCCUGCUGUUGUUGUUGUUUUUUUUCUUGUGUCAUCCACAACCUCCACCAUACUGAGCUCAGAUCCCAGGACCUUACUAUGGAAACAACAACAAGCACCUCAGGAAAACAAACCAACAACCAACAGACAAAACCUUCUUUUCUGCUUCCAACUGAGUGAGCCUUCUCCGAGAGAACCAGAGCCCCUAACCAGCCCGUCUCCAGCACCCCAACCAGCCCGUCUCCAGCACCUCUAACCAACCCGUCUCCAGUACCCCUAACCAGCCCGUCUCCAGCACCCCUAACCAGCUCGUCUCCAGCACCCCUAACCAGCCCGUCUCCAGCACCCCUAACCAGCUUGUCUCCAGCACCCCAACCAGCUCGUCUCCAGCACCCCUAACCAGCCCGUCUCCAGCACCCAAACCAGCCCGUCUCCAGCACCCAAACCAGCCCGUCUCCAGUACCCCUAACCAGCCCGUCUCCAGUACCCCUAACCAGCUCGUCUCCAGCACCCCAACCAGCCCGUCUCCACUACCCCUAACCAGCCCGUCUCCAGCACCCUAACCAGCCCAUCUCCAGCAACCUCUCUCCCUUUGGCUUCAGAGGACUGUUUACAAUCUCUACCUUCAUAUGCACAUGUGGAUAUUUUGACGAUCACUUGAUUUGUUUUUCUUUGUAUUUUCUUUUUUUCUUAUGGUUUGUACAAUCUAUUUAAAACCUUAAAAUAAAGAUCUUU